AUGGUAGCGGUCCACGACCCCAUCGGCGACGAGCUGCAGUCAAAAGUCGAAAUAGAACUCGUCGCCGGAUCCUCAACCGACCCCGAACUCCUCCUCCACCGCUACAUCUCCCGCGACGGCGAGCGCCUCGUAAAAGUCCCCACCCACCACUCCCAGCGCUCUGCUCGUGUGGUGUCUAAAGUCGAUGAAAAAGACACUCACUCGCUCUCUGAGAAAGACUCGGCGUCGUCCUCCGGCCGCGCGAACGCAGACGAGGAGAAUGCGCCGACGCUCAUUGACUUUGAAGAAGGCGACCCAGAGGACCCGCGCAACCUCUCGCCCUUCCGCAAGAACCUCAUCACCGUCACCAUCAUCCUCUCGCUGCUCAACUCAACCUUUGCCUCCUCCAUCACCUCCGGUCUCUCGCGCGCAAUCCGCGAGCAAUGGGGCGUGGCCUCCAUCAUGACCGGCCUCCUCGUCUCGCUCUACAUGGUAGGCUACGUCCUCGGCCCGCUCUGCUACGCGCCAAUGUCGGAGCACAUCGGCCGCCGUCCUGUUCUUGUUGCUGCUUUUACUUUCUACUUUAUCUUCUCCGUCGCGUGCCCCGUCGCGCCAAACAUCGGCAGCCUGCUCGCCUUCCGCUUCCUGCAAGGUCUCUUUGCAACCUGUCCGAUCGCCGUCUCCGGCGGCGUCUUCGCCGACAUCUACGCCGACCCCAUCAAGCGCGGCCGCGCCGUUGCUCUAUUUUGCGGCUCGACAAUCAUGGGCGCGCUCUCCGCUCCCUUCAUCUCGGGCUUCAUCGCGGCCUCGCACAUGGGCUGGCGCUUUGCGUUCUGGGUCAACGCCAUCUUCGCCGGCUGCGUGCUCGCCAUCCUUGUCUUUUCUGUCCCAGAGACGUUCAGGCCUGUGUUGUUGCAGAAGCGGGCGAAAAAGCUGCGCAGUCAGGGACAGAACGUGGUCUCGGCUUAUGAGUUGGAGGAUAAGGAUUUCAAGAGCUUUGUCGUGCAUGUCUUGCUGCGGCCUGUCAUCAUGCUGUAUAAAGAACCUAUCGUCGCUGCUAUCUGCGUUUAUAUUGGUAUGAUGUAUGGUUUGCUGUACAUGUUUUUCUUAGCCUACCCUAUCAUCUUUCAAGAACUCAGAGGCCUGAGCCCCGGAAAGGGUGGUCUUAUGCUGCUACCAAUCGGCCUCGGCGCAAUCUGCGUGACAAUAGCGCACUACCUAUACGACAUCCACAUCCAAAAACUCCGCAAAAACAAAGUGCAGGUCACGCUCGAACAAGACCGUCUAUUCAUCACCAUGUUCUCCGGCUGGUUCAUCCCCGUCGGUCUCUUCUGGCUCGCAUGGACAUCGUACCCCAGCGUACCAGACGAAGUCGUCAUGCUCGGCGGGAUUUUCUUUGGCGUCGGGUUCACGUCGCUGUUUAUCGGCUUCCUCAACUACGUCACCGAUUGCUACAAGAUCUACGCCGCAAGCGCCCACGGCAUCAUGAGCGUCACGCGCAGUCUGAUCGCUGCCAGUUUUCCGCUGUUCGCUCCUGCGAUGUACCACCACAUGGGCGUGCACUGGGCAACUUCCCUCUGGGCCUUUGUCGCGCUCUUUCUCGCGCCGGUCACCGUCGUUUUCUACAAGUUCGGCCCCGAGAUCCGAGCCCACAGCGAGUUCGCGUCUGCCCUUCUCGCGCAGGAUUUAUGA